GAGGAGCGAGCGGCCGCUAGGGAGGCAGCGGCUCCCCUCUCCUGGCAAGGGCGGCGGCAGCGGUGCUGGGCGGGGCCGGGCUCGGGGCUAGCGGCGCGGCUGCAGGGGCUGUGCGAAGCACUGCGGGGCUGCGAGGCGCUCGGGCCGGCGGAGAGGCCGUGCGCGCUGAGCCGACCUCCGCGGCCACCGCGCUCCUCGCCCUGGGUGACGUCGUCCCGGGGUCCCCAGCAUGACCGAGCUACGGCAGAGGGCUGUCCGCGAGGACGCACCGCCGGAGGACAAGGAAUCAGAGUCAGAAGCAAAAAUAGAUGGAGAGACUGCAUCAGACAGUGAGAGCCGAGCCGAACCAGCUCCCCCACCAACCUCCAUAGAUGACACCCCAGAGGUCCUUAACAGGGCCCUUUCCAACUUGUCUUCAAGAUGGAAGAACUGGUGGGUGAGAGGCAUCCUGACUUUGGCCAUGAUUGCGUUUUUCUUCAUUAUCAUUUACCUGGGACCAAUGGUUUUGAUGAUGAUUGUGAUGUGUGUUCAGAUUAAGUGUUUCCACGAGAUAAUCACUAUUGGCUACAAUGUAUACCACUCCUACGACCUGCCCUGGUUCAGGACCCUCAGCUGGUACUUCCUCCUGUGUGUAAACUACUUCUUCUAUGGUGAGACAGUGACAGACUACUUCUUCACUCUGGUCCAAAGAGAGGAGCCUUUGCGGAUUCUCAGUAAAUACCACCGGUUCAUUUCCUUUACCCUGUAUCUCACAGGGUUCUGUAUGUUUGUACUGAGUCUAGUUAAGAAGCAUUAUCGACUGCAAUUCUACAUGUUUGGCUGGACCCAUGUGACCUUGCUUAUUGUCGUAACCCAGUCACACCUUGUUAUCCAUAACUUGUUUGAAGGAAUGAUAUGGUUCAUUGUUCCCAUUUCAUGUGUCAUCUGUAAUGAUAUCAUGGCCUAUAUGUUUGGCUUUUUCUUUGGUCGGACCCCACUCAUUAAGCUGUCUCCGAAGAAGACCUGGGAAGGCUUCAUUGGGGGCUUCUUUGCCACUGUGGUGUUUGGCCUUCUGCUCUCCUAUGUGAUGUCUGGGUACAGAUGCUUCGUCUGUCCUGUGGAAUACAACAAUGACACCAACAGCUUCACUGUGGACUGUGAGCCGUCCGACCUAUUCCGCCUGCAGGAAUACAACAUUCCUGGAGUGAUCCAGUCCGUUGUUGGCUGGAAAACAGUGAGGAUGUACCCUUUCCAGAUCCACAGCAUCGCCCUCUCCACCUUUGCCUCGCUCAUUGGUCCAUUUGGAGGGUUCUUCGCAAGUGGAUUCAAACGAGCCUUUAAAAUCAAAGACUUUGCCAAUACCAUUCCUGGUCACGGAGGCAUCAUGGAUCGCUUUGACUGCCAGUACCUGAUGGCCACCUUUGUCAAUGUGUACAUUGCCAGCUUUAUCAGGGGCCCAAACCCGAGCAAACUGAUUCAGCAGUUUCUGACGUUGCGGCCAGAUCAGCAGCUCCACAUCUUCAACACACUCAAGUCUCAUCUGACUGACAAGGGGAUCCUGACCUCUGCCUUGGAAGAUGAGUAGUGUCCACCCAGGGCCAGGAGAGCCGGAGCAGGACUGAGUGAGGGGCAGGUCACCAAGGCCAGCCCACAUGCUGUGACUUAGAUAAUGAAAAGCUUCAACUCA